AUGGGUGCUUUUGAUUGUGAGGACGUAACCCAUGUCGAGGGCGAUGUUGAUCCUAUUCGUGAUCUUGAGAUAAUUGCCGAGGAACUUCGUCUGAAAGACUGUGAGUUCGCUCAAAAAGAGUGGGAAAAAUUGGACAAGAUUGUAAUUCGAGGAGGAGACACGAAGCAGAGGCCCAGCUAUGAUUGCAUUACAAAGGCACGGGACUUUCUGUUGGAUGGUAAAACUAUUCGAUUCGAGAAUUGGUCUGUAGCAGAGAUUGAAAUCUUGAAUAUUUACCUGUUUUUGACCUCAAAACCCAUCAUAUAUCUCGUGAAUCUAUCAGAAAAGGAUUACAUCCGGAAAAAAAAUAAAUGGCUUCCAAAGAUUAAAGAAUGGAUAGAUCACAACGAUCCCGGUGCAUCGAUUGUUCCUUUUUCUGCUGAAUUCGAAGAGCGACUUUUAUCCAUGACUCCCGAAGAGAAGCAAACACUUGUGAGCAAAUCACCUGAGCUGACCGGUCAACUGGGCAAAAUAAUAAAGCUUGGUUAUUCUGCUCUUCAUCUCAAGUAUUUUUUCACUUGCGGCAAAGACGAGGUCAAGGCUUGGCCAAUACAUACUUAA